CGGGCGCUCCGUAUGAUGGAUAGCUUCCCGAGGUCAGUGCCAUUUCUAACGCCUUUAUCCUCCUCCUUAGCGCAGACAUGCUAAUCAGCUCUAUGUCAUGUGAUGCAGGGAAGUUUUUAUUUCCUCCGUUUGUCAUACGAGCCGCAGAGUCGCGGAGAUCCAGUCGGCAUCAAACAUGAAAGCGCUCGCUUUAACUGUGUCCUUACUCGUGUUUCUCUACUGCGUCUGUGCGACGCCUCUGGUAACAGAAAAAGAUGAGUUUGGCUUCAAAACAUGGAUGUCUGAGCACAAUAGAAGAUACAGCGUGGAUGAGUAUUACCAGAGGCUGCAGAUUUUCACUGAAAACAAGAGGAGGGUCGACCAGCACAAUGCAGGAAAUCACAAGUUCAGAAUGGGACUAAACCAGUUUGCUGACAUGACCUUUGCUGAAUUCAAGAAAAAGUACCUUCUGACUGAGCCUCAGAACUGUUCAGCUACCAAAGGAAAUCAUGUUAGCAGCAAUGGGCCAUAUCCAGACUCCAUUGACUGGAGGAAGAAAGGGAACUAUGUCACCCAUGUAAAGAACCAGGGUUCUUGUGGCAGCUGCUGGACUUUCUCUACUACAGGAUGUCUGGAGUCAGUCACUGCAAUUGCCACAGGGAAGCUCCUUCUAUUGGCAGAGCAGCAGUUGGUAGAUUGUGCUGGCGCUUUCAACAAUCAUGGCUGCAAUGGUGGACUUCCGAGUCAAGCCUUUGAGUACAUCAAGUACAGUAAAGGAAUUAUGACAGAGGAUGACUACCCCUACACAGCUCGAGAUGGUCCUUGUAAGUACAAUCCUCAGCAUGCUGCUGCUUUUGUGAGGGAUGUGGUAAACAUCACACUUUAUGAUGAGAUGGGGAUGGUGGACGCUGUGGCCAGGUUCAACCCUGUCAGCUUUGCUUAUGAGGUGACGAAUGACUUCAUGUUCUACACAGGAGGAGUGUACAGCAGCACUAAGUGUCACAACACUACGGACAAAGUGAACCAUGCAGUAUUGGCUGUGGGUUAUGCGGAGGAGAAUGACACCCCCUAUUGGAUAGUGAAGAACUCUUGGGGAACCAGUUGGGGAAUAGAUGGAUAUUUCUACAUUGAGCGGGGAAAGAACAUGUGUGGCCUUGCUGCUUGCUCAUCAUAUCCUGUGGUGUAAAUGAUUAAGCCACAUUAAUGUUUUAAAUGGAAAGGGAUGAUCACAUGAAAUCUAUUUUGCACAGCAAGUGUGAAGAGCUACAACAUAUAGUAGCUCAUAGCAUUGGUAACUACAGUAUUUGAAUCAUUCAGUAAUAUCACCAGUUUGCUGUUUUUGAAUUUUUAAGGAUUGCCUUUUAUGAGUAUAUACUGACAGAAUACUGUUUAAUGAUUUUUGCCUAAUAAAUUUUUUUUAUCAGGAGUUGUUUAAAGCCA